AUGAUUAUGAUGGAAAGCAAAACAAAUAAUUUCUGUUGUGGUUCUUUAAAUGCGGUUCUUAAUAUCAUAAACUUUUCACUUCCGUCGCACGUAAUGUUAAGGGAACUUAAAUUGAUAAGAAUUGAGCAAUGCAACGGUGUCAAUAUUCUGUCAACCAAAUGUUUGCAGCAAGACCAGGAUGUUAAGUUGACUAAGGAAAAUAUCAAAAUUAUUUUACGAUUGAGGGAUGCGAGGGAAGAAGAUAUACAGAAGAAAAUUAUGCACGUCCGACCCGCUUCGUUUCUCCAGGUCUGUAAGAUUUCAAUGUUUCUUGGGAAAGAAAUGCCGUUACCCAAAGACACAAACAUAAACGAUGUUGAAGAUUAUUUGGACCACAUCGAGAUAAAGAAAUUGAAAGAACAUAUUCCAGUCGCAGAUACUUGCUUAAUAGCAGAUUUGAAGAUUAAAGCACUCAAUCAAUUGGCAAGAGGCUGGUUAUCUUCUUCGUCCGAAACCGAGUCUGAAGUCAACCGACCAAGGACAAGGGCAUUCGUAGCGCGUGAAAGAGCAAGACGUAGAUUAAGUUAUCAGAAAUAA